UGUUACGUAAUAAUGUUAAUAAUCAUUGAGCAGUGUUAUGUAAACCAUAGUUUUUACAUUAAAAUUGGCCACUGACAAUGAACUGAUGGACAAUAAUCUCCGCAACAUAUAUAACAUAGUGGACUUUGUGCAUCAGUCAGCGAUUGUUGCUCAAUUAGAUAAUUAUCUUUGAUAGCGCCUAGUACUGUUAAAAGGAAAAAAUGUCUUCCCUGUGGAAUAGUGUUUUAAAACUACGACCUCAAAUCAAACAAUUUACCGUUCCGGUUCGCAAUUUAAACCUUCUAGAGUACCAAAGCAAGCACCUAUUACGUAAAAAUGGGGUUGCUGUUCAAGAUUUUUGCAUGAUUGACGAAAAAGGCUGCUCCGAAUUCGAGAAAUUCAACGUGAAAGAAUAUGUGAUAAAGGCUCAAAUUCUUGCUGGAGGUCGCGGGAAAGGUCAUUUUAGUAACGGUUUCAAAGGAGGAGUACACGUGACCACAAGUCGCAAAGAUGUGGACUCCAUUUCGAAGCAAAUGCUUGGGUACAAUCUUAUCACAAAACAAACCCCAAAAGACGGCAUCGAGGUGAAAAAAAUCAUGAUUGCUGAAAGCGUGACUAUCAAAAGAGAGACAUAUGUUUGCAUUUUGAUGGAUAGACAAAGGAAUGGUCCUGUUCUUAUUGCAUCCCCAGCUGGUGGAGUGGAUAUAGAAGCCGUGGCUGAAAAAACUCCCCACCUUAUCAAAAAUAUUCCCAUUGAUAUUUUUGAAGGUGUCACAGACUCAAUGGCCAAUGAAGUUGCUCAGUUUUUAGAAUUUAAAGGUCCUUUGACAAAUCUCGCAGCCGUAGAAAUUAAAAAACUGUGGCAGUUUUUCCUGGCCGUGGAUGCCACUCAGCUCGAAAUCAACCCUUUGGUUGAAACCGACGAGAACAAAGUCAUAUCAGUUGAUGCUAAGAUCAACUUUGAUGAUAAUGCGCAAUUUCGCCAUAAAGAUAUCUUCGCGUUGGAAGACCUCGCUGAGAGCGAUCCUCGCGAAGUGGAGGCUGCUAAGCAUAAUUUGAACUACAUUGGAAUGACUGGGAACAUAGGUUGCCUGGUAAACGGCGCCGGUUUGGCCAUGGCAACCAUGGAUAUCAUCAAACUCCAUGGUGGUGACCCCGCCAACUUUUUAGACGUAGGCGGUAGCGUAAAGGAAGAGCAAGUUCGGGCAGCUUUCAACAUCCUCACUGCCGACAAAACCGUCCGUUGCAUUUUGGUUAACGUUUUUGGUGGAAUCGUUAACUGCGCUACUAUUGCUAACGGAAUUGUUGGCGCCAUGAAGUCCAUGAAUCUUAAAGUGCCUUUAAUUGUUAGACUAGAAGGAACCAACGCUACCGAAGCCCGCAGAAUUAUCAAGGAAUCAGGACUGGAUAUCCAAACUGCUGAAGAUCUUGACGAUGCUGCCAAAAAAGCAGUUGCCAAUGCUGUUUAAAUGUGAUAUUGUUUUAGGUUUAAGGGCGCAUGCGCCAGCCUUCGAUGCGCACUUCGGUUCGUGUUGGUAGAAUUUUCAGGGGCCUUCUUGUGUUCAUUCCAAGGUCUUGUGUGUUUCUAUUUUUUACUGAUGUUGAUGUUGUGUAAUUGACUUGUUUAUAAUAAAUUAGAUUUAAAUUUUGA